GGGGAAUCCCCGACUUACUCGUGUGAAAUCUCUCUUGCCAUGUUGUGCGCAGUAAUCGAAUACUUGUGAGAUUUUCUGAUUUGUAGUUCAAGACCAAGAUCCGAGGUACUGAUCACUCUUGAUGGAGGAUAAUGGUGAUACCCCUAAGCUGUCUGCCCACACGCUGGCUGCAUUACAAGAAUUUUACGCUGAACAAAAUGCAGAGCUGGAAAAGUUGAGCCAAGCUCAGUCUGGUGACCAAUCAUCAUAUCUUCCAAAAGAGGAUUGGCAAUUAAGCCAGUUCUGGUACAACGAUGCAACAGCUACAGCUUUAGCGAAAGAAGUCAUUCAGGCUGCAGGUCAAAAUGGAAGAAUAGCAUGCCUUUGUGCCCCGUCCACAUACUCAAGGAUUACUGAAAUGAAGUCACCACAGUGUGAAGUCAAGGUGUUUGAGUAUGACCGUAGAUUUCAGGUCUAUGGAGAGGACUAUGUACAUUACGACUAUAAAGACCCGCUCAAUCUGCCAGCUGAUCUUAAGAACAGUUUUGAUGUGGUGCUAGCAGAUCCACCUUUUUUAUCUGAGGAAUGUUUACAGAAGACAGCUGAGACCAUAAAAUAUUUAACAAAAGGGAAAAUUUUAUUGUGCACAGGUGCAGUAAUGGAGACAUCCGCUAAGUCCCUUCUAGGUCUAACUGUCUGCAAGUUUAUACCCAAACAUUCCAAUCAGCUGCAGAAUGAAUUUCGUUGUUAUGCCAAUUAUCAAACCACUGCCAUUCAAUAAAUGUUUUACUGGGU